GUAAGCACAUCUUCCCUCGGCUGUGAUUUAAGCCCGGCUGCCGCGGCACUCCGGUUGUGUUGUGUGGUGGUGGUGGCAGCGGCGGCGCCUCUCAGUGCCACUCGCCCCUGCUGUGCUGUCCUGCCGCAUGGUGGGUGACGGGCGGGCGGGGUCGUAAGGAGAGCGAGGAGCUACAGCAGGCCAGGAACGUCAGGAUGGGGAGCAGCAGCAUUGAGCAGCAGCACCAGCAGCAUCACCACUUCCAACAACAACAGCAACAGCAACAGCAGCAGCAGCAGCAGCAGCAACAACAGCAACAACACCCACACAACCAGCAACAUCAACACAACUUUCAGCACCAGCAAUCACAGCAACAGCAGCAGCUACAUCAUCUCCACCAGCAACAGGCACUUCAGCAGCAUCAACAGCAACAGCAGCAUCAGCGAGAACGAGAACGAGAACGAGAGCGAGAAAGAGAAAGAGAAAGGGAGCGAGAGCAAGAUGACAAGAAACAGACGUACAACUUAUGCUGGAACGAAUUCCCGAGUAACCUUCUCUCCUUCUUCAAGGAGCUGCGCGAGCAGGAGGAAUUCGUGGACGUGACCCUGGCCUGCGAGGGUCAGCAAGUGUCUGCUCACAAAGUGGUUCUUUCCGCCUGCAGCCCCUACUUCAGGUCACUUCUCAAGAACAACCCGUGUGACCACCCCAUCAUCAUCCUGAACGAGGUGGGCUACGGCGAGCUGAUCACGCUGCUGCAGUACAUGUACCAUGGCGAGGUGCAGAUCGCCCACGACCAGAUCAAAGACUUCCUGCGGACGGCCAAACUGCUGCAGGUCCGCGGGCUGGCCGAGGCCGCCGCUGCAGAGUCCCGGUCACGGUCCUCGCCGGAUUGCCGCAGCGAGAACGGUCAGCGGGAGGCGCCCACGCCCACCCCGAAGACCGAGCCCGCCGACCUGGAGGAGGAGGGGCGGCCGCCGGACAGCCCACAGGUUAAAAGGAUCAAGCUGUGCAGCUCCGUGGGGCCGCCGCCACCCUGCUCCCCCUCCCCACACUUAUCGGGGGGCCCCAGUCCCCCCGCCCCCACGCCGCCCAUCCCCAGCCUGCCGCUCAGCAUGGCUAACAUGGCCAGCAUGGCUGGUCUGCCCUCCUUGCCGCCCAUAGGUUUACCCGGCGCCUCCCUCCCACUGUCCCUGCCUUCCUCCAUCACCGCCCUGCCCCCCGUGACCACCGCCCACCCCUCAUCCAUCCACCACGGCCGCUCCGCCCUCCACACGCCCACACACAUGAGUCAGCAGCCAUCCUUCCCGGGUCUGUACCCCGGCAUGGGCUCCGACGACACGCAGGACACCAUGGGAAGCGACCGCUCCGAGGAGCGUGACAAGUCCCGCCACGACGACGACGAGUACGAGCACGAGAACACCCUGGAGAAGAUGUCCGGCCUGGCCAACAUGGCCGCCCUGAAAGGUGGCCCUCGCACCCCAGCACAUCUGGGCUUCGGAGGGUUCCCCGGCCCCUCGGGUCUGGCCGGUCUCGCCUCGGCAGCCAUUGGGUCCAACACCGACAGUAACCCUGGUCGCCCCCGCUUCGACUUCUACCGCGUGCGUGCAACAGACCCCCGGCCGUGCCACAUCUGCGGGAAGAUCUACAAGAACGCCCACACGCUGCGCACCCACAUGGAGGACAAACACUCCAACUGCAACGGGUUCAGGUGCGUCCUCUGCGGCACUGUGGCCAAGUCACGCAACUCCCUGCACUCCCACAUGAGCCGCCAGCACCGCGGGGUGAGCACUAAGGAUCUGCCGCUGCUGCCCAUGCCUUCCCCUUGGGACCCAGAGAUGGCCGCCAAGUACAUCCAGAUGGUGGGCGGCGUGGGCGAGGUGGUGCGCCAGAACUACCGCCGCCCUGACCGGGAGGGUAACAACUCAGGCAGCGACAACGGAUCCUCAAAAACCAAUUGCUCCCGAGACAUGGACAAAACACCCACGUCCCAGGAAAACGGCGGCCUCUAUCUCAAGUCAGACCCCGGCGUGCGUGACGAGGACGGCAUGAAGGAACGCCGGCCCUACGACGCCAUUAGCCGCCACCUGGACAUGUACUCCGGAGCCAAGCCGGCGGGCGCCUCGCUGCUGGACACGUACCUGCAGAUGAUGCGCGCCACGGGCAUGGACCUGGCUGCCCCCCCGACCGACACCUUACAAGAGGAGAGGAAGUUCCUGCACUCGCGGCCACUGGGCGGCGGCGUGUUGGACCUCACCCGUCCCGAACUGUUGCGCAGCAGCGUCUCCCCGCGGGAAGACGACCACGGGGGCGGUCACAACUCAGAUGGCUUCAGCGAGGACGACCUGGGCAGCGUUAGCGGAGAGGCGCCGGGGCCAAGAAAGCUGAGCGGCGGCGCUACGGUAGUAACCGUAACCCCGCGCUCUCCCGAGCCCUCCGACACCGAGGACGACGCUAAGUGGGCAGUGCAAUAGUGACCCACCCCACGCAGCCGUGCAGCGUCACACAGCAAUCACAGCAGUGGUACAAAUAACACAGUGAAUGCAACAGAGAAUAACUAGCGCAUGGGCGUGUGGGCCGGUGUGAACCAGAGCUAGUGGGCUGUGGGUGGACCCGCCCUGCCGCCCGUGAGCCGCCUUCCCCAUGCCCUCACUAUCCUCCACCACACGUCACCUCCUCUCUACCUCACUCUUUGUGCCCCUCACUUUAUGCCUAAGACAGCUCUGCCCUCACUCACGGUAUCAAUAGUUGUUGCCUUUGUACCUUUCUCAUCAACGGCUCCCGCCGAUGCCACAAGCGGGCGGGAGCGGGUGGGCGUUGUGCGGGCGUGGACGGGGGCGGCGCACGUCUCACGCAGUUGUCAGUUCUCAGGGACUCGUCGGGCUUCACUCCCUCCUGUAUAUAUAACUCUCUCACUCAGGCCGGCGGUGGCACAGGAGCGCGGCCGCCCACCCACCACCACCACCUUGGAUCGCACACCUGCACGCCCGCACACACACGCACACACAUACACACACACAAGUAUAUGUACACACACUAUAGUGCACACUCGCACCAGGAAAGAUGUGCACAUAUGUAAGACAUUCGUGUAGCAGCCGCCUCCAUGCUAAGGUCAACCCGUUGGUGCCCUCUCUUGGUGCUUCAGAUUUUUGCAUUAUGAUCCUGAAGAGCUCGGUUUCUUUCAAAAGAAUGGGAGUUUCUUAUAAAAAGUUACAUAUGUCUGUCGACACACGCUCUCUGUCUCCAAUGCAUCAUUAAGCAAACACUCUUAAGCCACCACCAACGAGGCACCACCGGGUGUCCACCAGUGUUGACCCGCAACAAUUGCAGCAGCAGCAACAGCAACAGCAGCAGCAGAAGAAGCACCAUGUACGCAAGUCACUUGGUCGCGCGGGGCAAGACACUCAGGCGGAACUCACUGGUGCAUCCGUGUAGCUCCCAUCGCCAUGGUCUCAGCAUUCCUUUUCUUUCACUAGAUGCAAGUUACUGGAUUGAGUUUUUUAUCUUAGGCUUGUACAGGGAUGGACCCCUUGACUCAGAUUCCCAGUUUGUGAUGUGAUCAUGGAUUUUAAGCUUUAUGCAGUGGUACCUCCAGUGUACAAGUCGCCUCACCUAUUGCGUGAAGAAAUUACAGUAACACUAGCAAGAGCCAGUCAGUCAGUCACUGCACGACGCUCAAAGUCUCUCCUCCCAUCCCUAACACGUCUGUUGUCCUUGACUAUACGCCUCUCUACCCCUCUGUUCCUCUUGCCUUGCCUCGACUUUCAUCUUUCGGCCUUUUCAUGCUACUGCUACCACAACCACUACUACUACUACUACUACUGUUACUGCUACUAUUACUACUACCACUACUUUUACUGCUACAUCCACUACUAGUAUCACCCCUUACCACCUCGACUACUACCACAAACUUAACCUCACUGUAAGCUGCUCCUCCUCCUCCUCCUCCUCCCCCUCCUACUCUUCCUCCUCUUCCUCUUCCCCUUCCUCCUCCUCCUCCUCCUCCUCCUCUUCCUUUUCAUUCUCUUACCACCACCUCCACUCCUACCACUUUUACUACUACUACUACUACUACUACUACUACUACUACUGCUAUUACUACUACUACUACUACUACUACUACUACUACCACUACUACUUAAUCUCCUUCUACAAUAUAUUUUGUGUCUGUGAAUUCUCCGUCCAGCCAGGGUAACCCCACCCGCACAGACAGCUUGAGUCGGGUCUCUGCUCAGUACAAAUUGUGUGAGCGGCCCGGGCUUGGGCUGCCCCGUCUUGAUCUCAGUGUAAAUACCCGCCAUUGCAACAAAUGAAGCCCCACACCCUUUCCCUCUCGUCUCUAACCCCUUCCCCCUUCCCUAAAGUUCAUGAACACGCGGGCUCACACUUUUCUGGUGAGUUUCUAUUUGAGGAGAUUAAUUAUAUCUACAGAUCUUGCGGAGGAGAAAGCUGCUGCCCAAGAACGUAGUUUGACUCGCCUGGCAUGGCACUAGAGAAGCAAGAUAGCUCAUUUGAUGUCUCCAACUGUUCUGUGUCAUGGGAGGAGCGUUGAUCUCCCUUUCUCGAGCCCCACUCUCUCCCUGUAAGCUGUAUUUAUCAUUAACCUCUAUUAAAUGAUAUUACAGAUAGUCAGGUAGAUUUCAGGUACCAGAUCCCAUAUCGUUAUUUUUGUAAUGUGUUUACACACGGUUCUCAGCCAUUCCAGUUGUAUGGUAAAAACUGCUCUGUCCAAGUCAUGUUGUCUCAGCAUUUCAAGUGCAACUAGUCAAGGAUUCCGUAAACAGAAAAAACACAGUUGGUGUGCUUUUUAGAAUGCACUUCCAUUAUGCUUAGCAGGUACAUUGAUUAAGCGAUAAAUUGUACAUUAACCUAGAGAAUUAUAUAACACGUGGCCUGCGCGGCAGUAGGAACUGUAGUGUCUACCUCAUAGUUGUACAGUAGCGGGUCCCGUGGCGACACCCACGUGGGGUCCGCUUUCACGCCCCCUGGCCAGCACUCACGCCCUCGACGUGCGAGUCCGCCCUUAUUUCCGGGCUGAGGCUUGUCCACAACCACGGCUAUUCUUGAGGCCUGAAGUCACACCCUGGGGCACCAGCCCAAUGGCAAGCCCCCUGGCCAGGCCUCCGCAGCCACUGUGAUGGUGCCGGGCGGCGUGCGGCUACGGCAGUAGAGCCCACGUGUUGUGUCGCUGCCCUCCCACUUCCCGCACAGUGUGUCUCAGUGUUGGGUAGUGUAGUAGAGGCCAUAGCUAGCCAUAGUGUUAAUGUAAGUAAGGCACCGGUAGUUGUUGUUGUCUGUUGCAGCAGCGGUGGUGAUGACGCGGUCCGAAUUACUGACACAGCCGUGAUGCGAGGGUGAUAAGGUACACGUGCCGUGCGUACCGUGGCGUAACACAGCUGCGGGGAGGCCGCCCACACGCCCACGACUGCAAGCGUGGCCAUGUCAAAUUGUCAAGGCAAGGAGCACUCAGUGAGCCAUGCUGUGAGGCAGGAGAGGAGCAUCGCCAUCCUCCCCCAGCCUGGCAGCGCAGGUGCUCAGUAAGCUGUGUAUACGGUUGUUGCACAGUGUCUAUGCAAACGGUGGUGUUGUGAGUGUUGCUGCAGUGGAAGGCGAGGGCGGCAACCCAGCAGCAGCUGUGGCCAAGCGAGGUCAGGAUCUAAUCAUGACCGACCCGCCAUGUUCUCAGCAAUACCAGUGAUCCAGCCCGCGCCCAGCCUCAGCCCCAACCAGCCCAUAACUAUGCCGUCUGUUGUAACUCUUACUAUCCACGCCUCCCGCAUCCCCCAGGGCGCCCACCGCCGGCCGCCCACGCGCCGGUGCGGCGGUGGACGCAACAACCCAGCAGUAUUCGCCGUCGAGGAGUAUUUACCUAUCCAUUAAUACCCAUAGUGAGCCACGCAACCACGUCUUUCCAUAGAAGUAUUACUAGCCAUAUAGCUCCGUUGAGAGGCUGGGGGCGCGCUGGCUUGGUUCCAUGGUGCUGGGUGAGCCUGUGUACACUCGGGACUCCCUCUUGGGAACAUUUGGGUGGUGACCAUGCAAGACAAAAUUUGUGUCUCUAACCCAUAGAAAAUGACAUAGGUGAUAAGUUAUGUUAAUGGAUCUAUAUAAGGUAACUCAUAGGCCUACUUAAUAUACUAGGUUGGUAAUGGCAUGCUUAGAACCAAGGUUUGGUAUGGUAGAAAAGCUGACGCAGUAGUCGGCGCUGCACACUUGUAUGGAGGAUGAGUGUUAGAUUGUUUAACAAAGAGUCUGUAGUCGAGGAUCAUCAUUCACAUACGAAUUACUAUUCUAGGUUACUUUAAGUUUCUUUUUGUAUCGCCUAAGUUAUGGUCACAUAAUUUUAUAAUAACAGAUCUUACUUUUUAUAUUUGUUGGUAUUAUACUUGUUACUUUACCGAAUUAGCAACGAUGCUUAUUUUCUAGAUUAAGUUUACAAGUUCCUAGUUGUAGACCCAAGUGUUGGCGGCCAGCGGGGGCCGCGCGUCCAGGGCGCGGGAGCCACGCUCAAUGCUAAGACCUCUUAUCCUUGGCCAUGUCUCUCCUCGAGAAGACGAGAGGCAACAAGCGGCCGAGGCUCCUCACACCUCUGCCUGGGUCGCCAAGAGGCACCCGCUCCUGACGCUCGGCUCCUGCCUGGUUCGCUGAAGUGAUCAAUGUCCGAAUUUUGCCGCUUCCAAUGUUUAUUUGCUACAUGACCAGGCCUCAAAAGGCCGCCAAGAUAACUGACGUGCCAAGCAUCCAUUGUUGAUAGUUUUCAGCUAGUUUCAUACAUUUCAUUUUAUCUGAAACGCUGUUCUGGUUGUUUGUUUUUCAUUUCCUGACAAAGUACAUAAAGGCAAACAACGGUAUAGCAGAUUUCUUAUGUUUAGAGUGACGGCUUCCUGUUGAUGGUCGAGACAAUAGUUUACAGAUGUUCUCUGGAGACCACGAUACGUGUGUAAUGUUAUGGAGCCCUAGAGACCGUAGCCUGUACUGUUAAAACCCGUGCUGUGUAGUGCUGUAGCGAGACAAGUAGGGCCACGCAGGAAGCCCACCGUCGCCCCUCACCCACUGUUGAACACCCUGCACAGACAGACCUUGGUGGCGUCCCAGCCGGCCCUCCCCAGUCCCCCUCCCGCCGUGCUCAGCUCAAGUCUCCCCGCGGGGCCAGAGCAAGGGUGUGAAGGCACGGUGUGUGGCCCCACUCAUUCUGCUCCGCCUUACACUUACACAAUCGUCUUUUUUUUAUUUUUUUUAUGGAAGUACUGAAUCUAAUUUAUUGUUGCUGCAAAAUAUCUUUUCAUUCUCUUUUUUUUAUGAAAGUACUUGGAAUAUACAGCUGAUCUUGCUCCAAUAAAGUACUAUUGUUACCUUUAUUUCACGAACACACUGGUCCCCAAAGCUAUAUUGCUCCACAAAACGUACCAGCUAUGCGUGGAAGAACUGUGCAGUGUGUUGAACAGGUAAUACGGUACUGUGCAGUGAAAUGUACUACACUAGGCUGGCACUGUGCAGCUUGAGAGGAUGUUCAGAGAUUUAGGAAAAAUGUGCAAGUAGGACGGUACUGCGCACAACUAGUUACUUCGUGGGCUAUUAGUCAAUUACGCCAAGGUUUUGAAAUGGGAGAAAUACACACACACACACACACACACACACACACACACACACACACCCACACACACACACACACACACACACACACACACACACACACACACACACACACACACACACACACACACACACACACACACACACACACACUGACACUAACAAACACCUAUGUACAAGUCAAACAGGUAAACUUACAUGAUGUGAAGAUGAAGCAUACAUGUACACAUGUGCAAGCAUCUUUGUGCAGCUUUUGAUAAGUCUGCUGCUAAUGGACGUACGUACCGACAUUUGCCGAGAUUGUAAACAAUAAGUCUGUCAUGUCAUCUUUCCACCUGUCAUGCUCGCUUUAGAAUGUAAUAAUCAAAGCCGGCUGUCGGCUGCCCCAGCUGAGUUAAUGUUUACCUUGUCGCACAAACAAAAUUCCCACAAGGCUGGCGGCCAGGCGACAGACGGCUGGGAGUGAGGCCGGCAUCAGGCAGGAGCCCGAAGCGCCGCGCCGCCCCGGUGAUUACCAACAUAAGCAACACGGUGCUUCAAUAUGAACAUUAGAUACUCUAAGCCUUACUUUAUGAAGAACGUUUCUGCUUUAUCCUGAGAGGAGACUACUGUUAUCCUUUACUUGUAUGUUGACUCACGUGUUGGUCAGAUCCAAACACUCUACUGAGUUAGACUCGCCGAAUUUCCUCUCCGCCAUAGAUGACUAAAGGUUAUCGUAACAGAUUUAACUCGGGCUUUUGAGGCCUUUAAAUUUUAUUGUUUAGUCUACGAGUGAUUAUUGGCUUUGUUAUGACGAGACGUCGGAUAAUGAAAGAGCACCUCUCCGUGCCUCCCAGAGACACUCUGUACCCCCUUGGGCUAAUUCCAUUUCAAAAUCUUGGAGGAGUGUGUGUUAGAUGAGGCUCUGUCAGCACUGGUGUCCCGGUCAGCCCCGCCCGGCCCCGCCCGGCCCCACGCACCCUAGCCGCCGCGGGGGUCGGAGCGGCAGAGUCGUCGGCAAGUCAGUGGUGUGUUGUGUUCGUUAGUGACAGACAAAGGUAACCCAGAGCAGUGGACGCCGCUUGCACCAGCAAUACUCUCUAAACAUAUUGUAUUACAAUUAUAACGAAACUGGUAAAAAAUACCAAGUAGCAUUCCAGGCUCAUGCUUUUAAAAACCUUUACCAGAAUCAUUUUUACUUUAAACAAUAAAAAUAACUCAUAAGGACAACUACCCAAUAUGUGAAAACAAAGAUGGCAUAGCUAUGAGGUUUUGUUUCUACAAAUCAAGUUAAGGUUAUGCAAAAUACAGAAUUAAAUAUCCACAUGAAUAUGCUACAAAUUUCAAUACGUCAACUUAUCGCUUAUCACAGGCAAGUCGUGCCUGUGUGUCCCUCGUCGAGGCUGGCAUCAGCCUCCAACCCCCCACAGGAGGGCAGUGACUGCGCAGAGGGCACUAAAGCCGCCAUGGCAGCGGCGCCCAAGUGCAACGAGGCCACUCCUGCAGUCCCCUUACCUCUCACUACACUGUGAGCAUUGCAAGCGGCGUCUUCUGUGCCAUAAUCCGAUAAACUACCUCGUCCACAACCCGGUACCUCACAACCCCAGAUACACCCCAAUAGACCAGCAGCGGCGUAUAGAGCAGCUGCCUCCCAUAGUUCAUGACUACAGAUUGAUAUAAUUUUUCUAUUUCUGAUGACCCAGCCUUCGCUCAUACCCACAACUUGAAUCAUUAUCCCUGAUUCAAGGGCUCCGCUCCGCAUGGUGUGAGCUGCUCCCUGCCCCCCUCCCCCAAUACUAAGUAGCUAGCAACCCCACGACCUCCCCCCCACCACAUCGGUCCAGAGCAGCCAUGCUUCUUUGACAGUGCCAUACUCCAGACGCCGCCCCGUGCCGAGUGCCAGGUGGCGUGUGGUCAUAGUUUUACAGGCAACACUUUCGCUUAGAUUCGCAUGUCGCCUCCGCGCCCGACGACCAUGCAAGUUGUGUCACAAGGCCGUUAGAAUUCCGCCGCUAAACAUCUUACAUUGUGAUGCCGACUACAGCUCCACGCACGCCACAUCUGUGUGGGCUCGGGCAAAACACAAGACAACAGUCACUCGAAUAGAUCUGCCUGGCGUGCGUCAGCGGGCACUCAAGCGGCUACACAUCAAGGAGGUCUUCCCCUGCACCUCCUUCCGUUUAGGGACCGAGGCGUAUGCGAAUCUAAACGGAACAAACGCCACCUCCUUCCCCAGGCCGCCCCAAACCGACUCCCGGGACGAGGCGGCCACCCCUUGUUUCCUACCACAGCUCCUACAGAGAUACCUAAGAUGUUAUAAUCUACCUAUGCAAUAGAACAAUACUGUUAAAAUUGUAUCCGUUGACUCCAAAUGCCAGUUAUUACAACCCUAACUCUGCAUGACAGCGCCAAUACCCAAGGCCUUCUGUCUGUUAGUGUCCUCAGCCCCAGUUCUGAAAUAUUGUCCUUCUGACUGUUGUACAUUACUUCAGCCACAAAAGAUAAAAAAAAAUGUUUAUUUCCAUAUAUUUCAGAGCUAUGGCUUAGGUUAUUUGUUGAUUAGUCGUUAAAGAGUCGUAGCGUUGAGCGUGAGGGUCUGCACGCGCCACAGCGGAAGUAAUACCCUCGUGCAGAGCAGACAACACCGGGACACCAGCCUGUGCCAGCGAGGGUGGUUACGGGGCCACAGCUGCCGCUAGAGAGGGUAUUCAUGUCAAGUUUUAUCUUUGUUGACUGAGUGGAUGAGUUGAGGCUACACUCGACGGAAAUCUUGUUUUAUCUCGUGUGGAAUCGUUGCCUGACAACUUGAAAGACGAGGUAACUCGCUACACAUGCAUGCAACCCUUCAGGCGUCUGACGAUGAUGAUCUUAUUCUUCAGUUUCGUCCCCAUCCAUCUCGAUCCCAAUAACCUGAUACAGAGGACCUCUUAGCAAAGUUCUCGACGAAUUUUUGUUAGAAUAAUUCUUAUAUAUUCUUAUAAAACUUGGCCUUAUGCUGAAAAAUGUGCUUCUGCCAUUGUGCAUCACAGUCCUUUUCUUUCCGGGAAGGCCGUACACCUUUCUGUCCUCGCUCUUGUCCAACCACAGGAUAUUAACUUUACUAAUUUCACUAAUAAUGAUACUACAUUAGAUAUUUAAACUACAAACUCCAAACUUUCCAUGCUAGAUUUAUUUGCCUCUCCACAUUUUAACUCCGACACAUAUCCUCAGGUCUGAGAAUCUCACUGCUUUCACGCGUCAGACAAUAUUUAACUUUCUGACAAUUCAACUUUAAAAAUUCAACCGUCCCCUCCACUUCCCUUCCCUUCCUCUAUCCCGGAAAGUCCUGAUUAAUUCCCGUCACCAAAUGCGUCUAUCAUUCGUAUAUAUAUAUUUCGCUAUCCAUGCAACUCGACACGAAAUACUUUACCCACCAUACCAUAAUCCUCCGUGGCCAGUCUUUCAUUCCAAACGCCGGCUAGCGUCCGCACGCGCUCCACGCCCACACCUCUUACCCAACCUCUCCCCGCCUCCCUUCACACGUUUCGCCUUCCCUCCCCAACUCCACGGCUUACUGUCACAACGUAUAUAGCACUGUGCUCUCGAAUUCUUUUCGUUUUUUUUUUUUUUUUAAUUUCUUCAAGCGUGCGUCGACUCUACUGUUAGCGUCGCUGCACCACGCCACGUCACCGGUGGACCGAGCGGCUCCCGGCCCUCGGGACGCCAGGCCUGCUGGGGCGUGGGUGACACGUGACGGUGCAGCCUCAGGGAAGAAUCAGCCUCACACCACGUGACUUACAUAUUGCAACCACACGUUUCGUUUCGGUCAGUUUGUGCGUCUAGCCGAACAAUACACGUUUGCAUUAUAAUCGUGCGUGAUGUUUAGAAUUAAAUAUUUACUGUAGACGAGGAAGGCGAUAUUAAUAACAUGAACUGCAGACACUAUAAGAAUGAACAUGUUAUUACAAAACAUUCCCUUCCACACGCGGUACAGUCCUUCUCCGCCGCGGCCAUGCCCUCCAGCUGGCGGCGGCGGAGAAAUAGCCCCGCCUACGCCCGCCCCCGUGCCGGCGAGGCUCAAUCCGCCACGAGUCACGACACACCGCCAGUCGAGGGUCACCCGAAACUAUGGUGCUGAUCAUCACAAGCUCUCCAAACGCGUCGAGGUAAAGUCAAGACUUAUAUCUAAUUUAUUUUCUGCAGUCACACGUACUGUCGUACUGUUCCCUCGUAAAUUAAAGAGAAACGCUUCGCCACGGACACACGCGGCUAACCUCGACUCUUUGCUCUAGCCUGCACACAAGGUAGCGACUGUACAAGUUUUGGCAGCGGCCAGCGGCCCGUGCUGUUAGUGGGUAACAGACUUCCAAUCGCCCGCCCACCCAGGAUCUUUUUUCUCCCACGGAGGUCUCACCGACCCUGAUACUUACUAUGCACGGCAAUGAAAGCCUAAAAAGAAGCAUUUUUUUGUCUUGAAAUAAUACCUACAUAUAAGAAAUAAAACAAAAUGUGUGUAUGUCAUAAAAUAUACAUAUAUAAACACAUAUGUAAAUGGGUAUGCAUAAAACCACGCUUGUGUUUAGUAGACCAGUUUCAAUUCUUGAGCAACCUUCCGCAUUAAGUAAUCAGAACUGCAGAAAUGUGAUACAUGCACCACUUCUCAAUACCUGCCUAUUGGUUGUCCUGUUACCUUGCAACAUCAACACAAAUGUAUCUAUUAAUGGGUAUUGCUAUAACAUGUUGAAAUAAUAAUUAAUAUAACCAUGAAUGUGGCAUCAGGUAGACCAGUGGCAUAUGCUGUGUAGUUUUGUAUGAUCAGUGCUUCCACAAAAUACAAAAGGUAAUGUGA